CCUCCUUUCACUGUGAGUUCAAAAUCUCCAAGUUUUUUCAUCAUGUCUCCAUAGGAGUAUCUGCAUGCAGUGAAGAUUAAUGAGGUUGGGAUUUAAAGUAAAAAUGAGCGAAUCUAAUGCAGGGAAUUCUUCUUCGAUAUCGGCCAGUGACGUGACACACCACGCUAAAGUAUUUGGCCACGAUUCAAGUCCAGUUUAUUUGAGUGUAGUCUGGUACUCAGGGAAAUUAGGAGCAGCUUAUUAUGAAUCAGAAAGUCAAAUCAUUUACUUUCUCGAAGCCUCUGUGGAGUCCAGCCCCUUCGAAAGAGUCGAAAGAUUGAUAAAUGAACUGCUACCGACCACUAUAAUUACCAGCGCAAAACAGGACCCGGAUUUUGUGGAAAAAUUAAAGAUUUUCGCCGAAAAAGAAACAAAUUCUGGCGAGAAAACUCUUGAAGGAAAUAUUUCCAACGAAAGUGUAAAUGUGAACGAAAACUGUGCUACAGUUGAAAUGUUAUCAAGUAUGGAGUUUCGGUACGAUAAUAGCAAGCGGAGAAUUCUAUUGGUUAACUUGCUAGCAAUGCCUGAUCAUUAUACCGAAUCUGAACGAGCGGUAUACAUGUCUUCACUCGUACAGUUAGAUAACCACUGUUCUGUUCGUGCUGCUGGAGGAUUAUUACGAUUUCUCGAUAAAAACCGUGUCGGUGUCGGUUUAGAGAGUUCUGAGGUACAAACACCGAUCGCUACGUUCAUGAACUUUACUUUAAAACACGCAAUGUCAAUGGACACAGCCUCGUACGAUGCGCUACAGAUUUUCAAACAGUUACGUCAUCCUUCAGCGUAUAAAGUUGGAUACAAAGAAGGGAUCAGUCUUUUCGGGAUUCUGAAUCGUACCACGACAACAGUCGGACGAAGAAUGCUUAAAUCUUGGUUCUUUCGGCCAACGACUGAUUUAAAAGUUCUCACAGAGCGUUUAGACGCAGUGGAGUAUCUUGCUAACCCAAGACACGAAGAAACACUAAACUCUGUAAAAGAUUGCUUGAAAAAAGUGAAAACAGUUUCGAAUAUGUUUGUUAAGUUACGAACUUCAAAACUGUCUGUUUCUGAGUGGGUAGGGCUUUGGGAAACGGCGCAAAAUGCUCUAAGAAUAGCUGAUCUCUGUCGUAGCGCUGUGCUGGCUCCGGAGGCGACGCCGCUGAUCUUUAGCGACAUCGCCCGGACGUUUACACAAGACUUAGUGUCUGUGGUGACAGUUAUUGGGAAUAUAAUGGACAUACCGAGCAGUAAAACUGAAGGAAAAUUCGUCGUUAAAUCUGGAGUUUCUGAAAUGUUAGACGACAUGAAAGCUACGUAUGCGAAGUUACCUGCUUUGCUUGGUCAGUUAGCGACCAAGGAAUUGGCAAAAUAUAGCGAUUAUAUUUCAUCUUGCCAGGUCGUUUACAUGCGCCUAGUCGGAUACUUGUUAUUCAUCACUAAAACGGAUGAGAUGAAAAGCAGCGGAAAUCUUACAUUGCCGGGCACUGAGGUGGUGGGAGAUUGCCAGGAUACCGUGUAUUAUAAGACCCCGGCAACGAAGGUACUUGACGAAAAUUACGGCGAUAUUUUGGAGGAAAUUUCAGACAAAGAAGCGAGCAUUAUAAGUGAUUUGCAAGAAACACUAACACCUUAUACUCAAGCUUUGCUAGACGUCAUGCGUUUUGCUGCUAAGUUAGAUUGCCUGGCUUCUUUUGCGUCGGUAGCAAAGGACUUCAACUACACGAAGCCAAUUUUAAAAACAGACCGCCGGAUUUGCGUUAAAGGUUCAAGGCAUCCGUUACAAGAACACAGCGUGUCCUUAUUCGUUCCAAAUGACGUCGUAUUUGAUCACGAAUCCGGGAUAAUUAAAGUUCUAACCGGGCCGAACGCAAGCGGAAAAAGUGUGUAUAUUAAACAGAUCGGUUUGAUCGUUUUUAUGGCACAGAUUGGUUCCUUUGUGCCGGCCGAAUCAGCCGAGAUUGGAUUAGUUGAUAAAAUCUACACGAGGAUAAAAAGCAAAGAGUCAAUAUCAUGUGGUAUGUCGACGUUUGCUAAAGAUCUUGGGCAAAUUUCAACAGCGGUGAAUGGCGCCACCUCGCGAAGCCUCAUUUUGAUCGAUGAGUUUGGGAAAGGAACGGCAACUGUUGAUGGGGUGUCAUUGCUGGCGUCUGUGUUAACGCAUUGGCUCGCAAAGGGCGACACCUCGCCGCGAGUUAUCUGCGCCACACACUUCCACGCGGUGGCGCGCCGAAACUUGCUGCCUACUUCGCCAGCUUUGCGCUUUGUGACCAUGGAAACCAUACCUGGAGAGAGAACGGAACGAGUAUCUCUAUACCAACUUAAAGAAGGUAUAAGCGAGCAGAGCUAUGCGUGUGAGAUUGCUCUCCAGGUUCGAAUCCCGCCCGAGGUAGUCAGUCGAGGUAAAGAAAUCAGCGAAUUAAUCCGAAAAAACGUCCCCAUUCGUCCAUACAACAGGUCGUCGUCCAUUACAUACCAAAUCCGCUGCCGUCAGGUGGCGCAAGAGGCGCGGCAAGUUGACUUGGAUAACCCGGCUGCGGUUAAACGGUUCCUCUGUGAUGUCACAAAAAGUCUUUCUUCCCCUAGAAAGCGGAAAUUCCCAGAAAGUGACGUUAGCACUUCGGAAGAAAUUCAACCGACCGUAUCGAGCGAUGAAACCACGUGAUAAUUUUAUGAGCCUUAUUUGUCCACGAAAUUCGCCGUGGCAUUAAGUAUCUGCCGCAGUGUUAUUCGUUCCUGCCGCAG